UUUCUUUUUCUUUUUCUCUUUUUAAUGCGUUAAUGGAAAGGCAGCAUGGAUUACACAGACACCCGAUGUUAUCAUCAUAUGUCCGAUGAUAGGUACCGACGGAGAGUUCGACAGGGGGCGGCAAAACGAUGCUCUACCAGGUGAUAAUUCGAUGGAGCACUCCAUUGUGGGAUACGAUCCUUCGAUCCGAUGGUUUCGGGAUUCAAGAGGUCCACGUCGACCACUAUGUCGGUCUUUUGAUUUAGUGAAGUGGCAGCUUGAGAUGGUAUGCGCAUGGGGGGACUGUUGGGCCGCAAGGACCACAAGGACCGCAAGGAGAGGACCGGUGGUUUGUGACGUUGCAACUCGCCCGCCAAUAACCAAUGGAUCGCCUCGCGGAUGCUACUCGACCCCAGUCGACCCCAGCGUAUCGGAUCGCGGCUUUAUUACUAGAUACCAUAAUUAUUCAAGGCUUGGCACCCCUGCCCAAGGCGGUCAGAGUCUAGUGGCGGUCCUUUUUGUGAAGGAAGUCAAGACGAUCUAAAAAAAUUUUUGGCACAUUCUUCUUUUAACAGACCGACUUUCUCUUUUCCCUUUUUUCUUGUUCUCUCCCAUGUCGUCGUUUCGGCCAGUGAAUUUCCCUACUCUAUGCGGGAAUGGUGCGAUGAAGCCCGGCUUCCGGCCGGGCAGGAUCCCGAUGUCGUUGGCUUGGGGGUAUGUUGGAUUUGUUUACUCAACCCACCUAUUCACAUGUAACGGGGAAAUGCUCACCAUCGAACUAGACCCUGAUCGCUUGUGCCGGGU